GUAGAGAAGAAGGUUUAAAGCCAAAUGGGAGAGGAAGAUAAAGGGGAAGCGUGGCAAAUGGAAUCACGCUCUCUGAAUGGAGAUCGCUCGUCUCCUCUCCUCCCCACUCUCAUCUUCCUCUUCUGCUAUUUCUCCUCAAUCUCAACCACUGUUACCGUCUCCCAAAUAUUCUUUCUUUCCUCCCAUCUCCGUGAACGUUUCUCCAUCUCCUCAUCUUCUUCGCCGCUUUCAUGCCAAAUCUCGUCGGUGGGAUUCGAAUGCCGAGACUGUCCGAAGGCGGAGUUUCACUUUUAAUUUCGGAGACAGUGAUGCCGGCGAAGACGACGCCGACGAUGACGACGGGGUCCGGUCGGGUAUGGAUAAAGGGUCUUCUGGGUUUUGGGAGGAAGUUCUCAACGAGUUCUGGAUACUUAAGGUGUUUAGGUCCUAUGGAUGGCUGCUGCCAGUCAUCAUCAUCACACUGCUGUUGACAACGGGCCCAAAAGCUUUCCUCAUGGCACUAGCAGUUCCCCUUGGGCAGUCAGCAAUUUGUUUGGUGUUUAAGAAACUGUGGGGAAUGGCCAAAAGCAGGCUGAUGCCCAAAGACACCACCAAGAAGAAGCCUUCUUCUGCCACAGCUGCCAGCAGCAAUGCUGCAAGUAAUUUCAAAACUCAAGAAGGUGAAGGAAGGGGACGGGAGCAGAGCAGAAAGAGAAAAAUGGGAUAUGAGUCAUGGGUUGACAGAACCAAUGGUUCCGUCAAUAGGGAUGAUCGAAGUGCACCCAAUUUUGGUGGAUGGGAAGAGUUGGAUGAACCGAGAGAGUUUGGUAACCGCAUGGAAUCCUGGGAGGUAGGUGGCGGAAGGAGGACACGAGGUGUUUCACAAAGGAAAUCAGUGAAGAAAGGAAGUAAGGUUAGCAUGGGAGGGAGAAAAGUUGAGACACCCUUGCUUCUAAGAUUGUUGAUAGCUGUCUUCCCAUUUCUAGGCUCAUGGUCUAGGAUGCUUUAGGAGUCAAUUCGUUGAGAGCAUGAAUCAAGUUUGCAAGUGCUCCGCUUGAUUAUUUCACUUAUGUUCCAAGUUUUGAGUGUAUGAAUCAACUUGAUUGUGCUCGGAACUUAUUGAAUUUUAAUUCAAUUAUCUGCUGUGAUACUGCAUUUAAUUUUGAAAAUCAAGCUGCUGUAAGUAUCAUCUUCAGAAGAACAAAUGGGAAAGUUUUUGCUAUGAAAGGAAUAAAAUUUCUACUGUCAACAGCCUACAACAGCUAUUACGAAGAGGGGAGAUGAUUAGCAAAGUGCUGGUCCUAUCUGUUGCAAAAGAGGUGAUUGAUAGCAUCAACAACAGAAAAUGCUCUUCCUAGGAGACUACAAUAAUGGAGGACUUCUUGGCAUUAAAAGAUCAGUUUCAAGCUUCUUGUUUUUGUUUUAUUGAAAGAGGUUGUAACUUGCUUGCCCAUUAUGUAGUGUCACGUGCAUUGGCUGCUCCUAGCCCUAGGAAUUUUGUUAGAAUACCCCAUUUUCUUCUUUUGGUUUAGGAUAAUUUUAAUCUUACCUUUGGGUAGGAUUUUGUUUAUGGUUGCUUAAUGAAUUCUUAUUUUUCACACACACAAAAAGACAUGAUAGAAAUGGAAAAAAUAUUCACCAGGGUGGCCCACCUGCUCUUCCA